AGCGCUCCCGAGUAAACAUUGCCCAAGACGUAAAAAGAGAUCCAAACGCGGUUCGUAUACGAAAGUCCAGAACCUCCUCGGUAUUCAUACGAAAAUAGCUCGUCAAACAUUAAAGUGGCGUCAAUACAGAGUUACGGGGGAAGUUGGCGCACCCAAGGAGUCGUCAUGAAUGUGAAGGACCAUGUGAGUAUGCAUCCGCCUAUACCGGCAGCACCUAAGUAUUCACCGCUUCACCAUCGUCAUCACGACCGGGGUGCUGAGAUGAUGAGACGGCACUGCAUGAGCAACGCUCCGAGUAAUCUCUUCGGCGGUAUUGACGAAGGGCUACUGGCCAGGGCUGAGGCGCUAGCUGCAGUAGAUGUCAUGUCAUCAAUGGUCAAGAACAACCAGACACACAUGAACAUCAAGAAUGACCACGUAUCAAGCUACUCUCCACAUCAUAUGAACGGGGGAAUGCACCCAGCCUCUCACCACUAUGGCAGCAGCACAUCAUGUGGCUCUAGGAGCAUCCAUGGCCACAUGGACCACGGGGAAUUCCUGGACCAAAUAUCGGCCACUGCUUCGCUACCAGGGGCCAACAACACUAGUCUAUCCGGAGCUGACAUGCAAGGGAUGGUCGUCACUUCGCCCCAUCAGAGCUUUGCUACAAUGUCCGGGCAGCCUGGUCACUUUAACGCGGCUCAUUCGAUGAUGUCGCACAAUAUGACUAUGCACGAUUUAGACACUGAUCCCAGAGAGUUGGAGGCAUUUGCUGAAAGGUUCAAACAGCGUAGGAUCAAGUUAGGGGUGACCCAAUGUGACGUCGGCAAGGCACUGGCUAAUCUGAAACUGCCCGGGGUUGGGUCUCUGAGUCAAAGCACAAUAUGCAGGUUCGAAUCCCUCACGCUCAGUCACAACAACAUGAUCGCGCUGAAACCCAUCCUUGCCGCGUGGCUGGACGAGGCCGAAGCUGCGGCAAGGGACAAGAGGAACUCGCCAGGAAUCUUGAACAACAUCGAGAAGAAACGAAAGCGAACCAGCAUCGCAGCUCCAGAAAAGCGUUCAUUAGAAGCCUACUUCGCAGUUCAACCUCGACCAUCGAGUGAGAAAAUCGCAGCCAUUGCGGACAAAUUGGACUUAAAGAAAAACGUUGUACGGGUCUGGUUCUGUAAUCAAAGACAGAAACAGAAACGUAUGAAAUUCUCGGCACAGCCGAGAUAAAACUGUUAUUGUACAUUAACCUACUUUAUACACUUUAAUUGAAAAGGCCUACGGAGACAUCAAAUGAACUUUCACCUUUUGCAGAAACUGAUCGAUCAGUCAAUAAAACGCGGGCUGUGCUCACACGGUGCAUGACCGGCACAUUGCCGGCACAAAGGUAGCCUUUAGAACAAUGGCAAGAGGUGAACAAAACAAUUCUUUGAAACUGAAAAUUAGUGUGGCAUUGGAACACCACGUAUCACCUUUAGGACAGGACAUCGUCACUAAGACCUUAUAUAAUAUUCUAAAAGACAAUAUGGUUUGGCAAUUUCGGCAUGAACGAACACCGCAAUAUUACACAGCAACUUAAGAAGGUGAUAACUCCUUCACUUAUAACACCAUCUUAACCCAACUUCAGAUCUGAGAUCAUAACUCAUUGAACUCAUUUGAUGUUCAAUACUCAUAAAGCAAAUUACUGUUAUCGUUGCCGGGUGUUUGUUGAGGUACCACUAAGUUGAAUUGUCUAACUCCAUUUAUUAAGAUCUUGUAUUCAUUUUCAUGAGCAAUCUUAUAGAUAUUGUGUAAGAUUUGUGUGCAGCUUGCUAGCAGAGCGCUGUUUUUCAUCAGCGCUGAUGCACCAUUCAGUAUGAAAGAGAUCCGGAUCUCGCCUGCCCAGUCCUUGAUCGCAACACAUCAUCAUCGCGCCAUUCAUUCAACAAACCCCCUCGACUUGUGCCUAAGCUGUUGCUUGUUGGCCGAUCGAUUCUACCAAACACCAACCGAGCCUCUUAGGGCAGACCAUCGGCGGAUGUGGGAGACACAGCAACAUUAUCGAUCCCGAGGCAAAAUGCAAAGUCGUGCCAAGCAUGUGGAAAUGGAAUUUUAUGGUGACAAAAAAACCCUUCAUUUUGCUAGAGCGUGGUUGACAAAAAAAGCAGCAUAGAUGUACACAAAUUACAGAUGUUCUUUUAGAGUCAUGCGAUCUUUUUUUAAUCAUCCCCCAAAAUGAUGUGUUGUCGAUCAAAAUGCCCGUUACUAAGUGCAGCAAUUUGUACAACAAAUAUGUACUUUUCGCAUAAUGAGCAAACAGCGUACAUAGAAUAUUUAGUGUAAGAACUACUUCUCAGAAGAUAUAUUUAUUUUGAAUGUCGGACUUGGAGAGACAAUGUGUUAUUAUCAAGGAGAGACAAUCAGUUAUUUUUAAGCAGUGUACAACUUUAAACCGCAACAAAUUUAAUUAAUUUUGUUGAUUAACUUUAAUUUGUCUUCUCAAAGCUGGUCAAUACAGAUGCUGUUACAUCGCAUUAUUACACUCUUCAAUGGAGCUUUCAUUUACAAGAAAAUGCUUAAUGGGAAUUUUAUGGGCAGUCACACAUACGAUGAUGAUUUCCUCUUUAACUGGUAAUCAGCAUUCCUGGAUACUUACUCAUUAUGCACAAUUACAGAGGGAAGUGUUCGGGCCGCUAUCUCGCUACAAUUUGUUAAUUUAAUUGAAAGCGGCAUAAAUACAACUUCUUGAACCACCUGAGACAAAAUUGCUUCACAAAAACAGAGUGGAAUAAAAUGACUAACGUUACAACAUCCUCUGCAAAUUUAUGACUGUCGAUGCCCUAUACUGUUUGUUUUUUCUCCGCUCAAUAGUACUCAUUGUGUUUUUGCAAUAGGCCAGUUGGUGUAGAGCUGUAAACUGAUAAUUGUUAAGAUUCUGUCUGGAUGAAAUUUCCUGCGAUUAUUAUUUUUUUACCGGGCAAUGCUAAACACUGACCGGCCGUAUCAUUUCUAAUUUACCACUGACUUGACUCGAUCCAUCUACGCAGCCAAGCGAUGGAAAUUAGCCGUCGAAGCAGAGUGUGAUUGACUCGGCCGGCCAUGCGUUACGCCCGAUCCCUCAUGGAAUUCCAUCCCCUUAAUUCCGAUCCCCAUCUUGUUACUCGUACACGCUAGUUUCUUUCUCUUCUUUCUCUACCUAUUCCUCAUUUGGAACGCUUGGAUCGCCACGAAAAAAAACCCAUUUCCUCCGUCAUCCAAGUGUGUUAUCCCUCAUAGUGGCCGACUGAAGAUAAAUCAAACACCUUUACCAGCGAUAAUUUCAAUUGGAUCGCUCCGUUUUUCUCUUGAUGUAUAACCACACAAAACAAAGAACAGACGACCAUAGUGAGUAAACGUGAAGGCAUACACCACACAUGCCGGUUAACCGCACUUGAAAACGCCACUGAAACAAUAAACAAAUAAUUAAAUGGAUCAGCAAUUAUCAAGAUCGUACAAUAAUAGUGGUUUAAAAACCCACCAGGCAGGGUCAUAUUUUGCUUUGAUCAUUAUUUGGUGUUCCCUUUUCCAUGAUUUCAUUUUGCAAAGUUUGAGUGGGUUGAGCUUGCAGUUAUUAACCCAAGCACGUUGUUCGCCAUUAUGUACCACGGGGCUUUCCCUUACUCUCUCUUGGUAUCAAAUAUUCACGAAGCUCGCGCGUCUUCAGUCCUGCCAAGUUUGUAUUAAUUAUUUCUAAGUUGUGUCACUUUCUUUUAACAAGCCGGCAUGCUAGGCCUGAAAUAGAUCAUACAGUAGCAAGUGCGUACACAGGUUGAUACGAGGAAGACAAUCUUCUAUAAAAAAACAUAACUUAUUGAUUUUGUUAAAUGUUUAUUUGAUGUUGUAUAAUACUAUGUUUCUCUCACACAUCUAAAAACCGAUAAAGCUUACAAAAUGCUAACCGGUUAAUUUUUCUUGUAAAAUAUGAAACACGUCACUCCUCCAUUGUAUGUAUAGUAAAAGUAUUUGCAAUGCGGCGUAUCGACUAUCUUUUUAUUUAUUAACAUAACAAGUAAAACAAUAAUCGAUUUGAUCAAUUGCGUCGUUUGUUUGUUUGAAUAAAAAGCUGUUCGCAACAGAAAUGGUAUACCUUCUCAUACGGAAAUUUUUCUAAUGGGCAAAACACUCGAUGUCUGGAAAAAAACAAGGCCAAACAUGCCGCAUUUGUUCAAGUUUUUACAGAGAAAGAACGUUAACAGCAUUUAUUCUCUCAAGUAUCUAAUAAACCCACAGACUUACAAAGAAUCCCAACAAUGAACUAAUGAAAUGUAUUUAAAAUCUUUUUAAUUAUUGAAGGCAAAAAAUAUCUAUAAACUGCCAAAUUUUACCCGUUAGACUUGUGUAAAUAAUUUGUAAGAAAAUAUUUAUUGAUUUAGCUCCCUAUUCAUUCGUCACGCCUUUCUUGUUUUACUUGAAGAUUUUUGUUUUAAAGUACUGUUUUGUAAAUAGUUAUAUCAUAAUCGUACACAGCAUCUGAUGGCUUUAUUUUGAUCUAAUUUACAUGAAAUAAAGUGGAAUAGCUCCUUUAUUAAAUUAUCUGUGUCCAAUCAUGUGUUAUUAAAAUGUGUUUUUA